UUCAGACGACCUUUUACAUUGCUUCUGUUAUGACAAGACUAAAAACAAAAGAAAGAGAUCUGCAGUGUUAAUUAGCUAGCUAGUCAAUGAAUAAUGGAGUGCUCCAGUUUGUUGUGUCUUCUUUGCUCGUUGGCAGUUCUCCCAGCCACUAUUGAUGGCCAAUCUCCUAGCUCUGUGAUGGCGUCACUACCAAUGACUACCCCCAUGGCCACGCCCACUGGACCACCCUCCUCAACACCGAACCGUCAACUCUCACUCAUCAUCGGGUUACCUGUUGGAGUGGGACUGGCUGUGAUUGGUCUGGGAGUGUGUCUCCUCUGGUUGACAUGUUCAGCCUACUGCGAGAACAAGGAUCACACUCGCACUGCAUCAUCCAAUCUGCCGAUGUCGUCCAAUCGCAGUGGCAACCAUCCAGCUCACAAUUAUCAUAAUAGUAGCAGCGUCGGGGACAGCCGGUCCUUUGAACCAUCUCCGGCAAGGCCGAAAACACUCAAUCCCGCGAAUACAACAGAGGCACAAGAAGACACCACCACCAACGCCACUAACAAUCCAGAGCAAGUGGACUAUACCAACAGUCAGUCUGAGAGGCAGUCACAUGACUCUGAGAGGCAGUCACAUGACAGUUCACCAUCCGUGGAUCAUGGCAGCAUGUUUGAUAUUACUCUAAAAUCUCCCGAACCAACUGAUAUACCCGUAAAUCAGCAAUUCGAGGUCAGCAUGCAACAUUAAAGACAACAUGAACAUUCUUAUUAGUAAAGUUUUUUUAAUGACCUUUUUGUAGCCCUCCCUCCCUCCAUUGAAUUUUGUACAUUGCAAAACAGAUUCUAUUACAAAACCGUGUGGUAUUUUAAUUAUAAAAUUAUUCAUAGCCAACAAUAA